AUGACGACAGCUGCUGAUAGACCAUCGUCUCUUCGUUAUUUCUCUAAUAGACCACCAAUUUCUUUUUCCUCAUAUUGUUUUAAUAAUACUAGUGGACUUAUGCAUCGUUCUCUUGACGAAACUCGGCUAACUACUGGACGACCAAUUGCAUGCCAUCAACAUUCAAUACCUAUAACAACUGGCAAUAUUGCCUUAUUAACACAAAAUAUUCAUUCUUCAUCUCCAUCGGAUGUAAUUCGUCGUAAAUCAACGAAUACUUCUAAUAUGACAUCAUAUUCUGCACUUAAACGUAAAGCUCAACGAUCUGAUGUAUCAUCAAAUAUAUCCCGAUAUCAAGUUAAUCUUGAACAUGUCCUUGGAUUUACUUCUAUAUCAAAUUCAGUUGUUAGUCAAGAUCGUUCAACAAUAGCUUAUGCUGCUGGUUCAACUAUUGUUCUAUACGAUAUUCAUACACAAAAACAAGAUUUUAUUAUAAAUACAGCUCGAAAAGCUAUUACAUCAUUAUCACUAUCACCCGAUGGACGAUAUUUAGCAACGGGCGAAUGUGGUCAUGAUCCUAAAGUACGCAUUUGGGAUUUGACUGGUGAUAAAACAGUUUGCAUUGAAUUGGGUGAUCAUAAAUUUGCUAUUGAUUGUGUGAUUCGUCGUAUUGCUUUCGCCGAAGAUGGAAGUUAUUUUGUUACUGUUGGUAAUCGUCAUGUGAAAUUUUGGUAUUUAAUAUCAACAUCAUCAUUGGAAGUUGUACCUUUACGUGGUCGUUAUGCGAUUUUAGCUGAACGUAAAGAUAAUUUAUUUACUGAUGUUGUUUGUGGACGUGGUGAUUGUGCUGGUAUGACUUAUGUUAUAACAGCUAAUGGUCUUAUCUGUCAAUUUGAUGAACAUCGACAAAUGCGUGGUGAACGUGAUCUUCAAGAAAAAACAAAUUGUUUAGCUAUUGGUGAUUUAUAUCUCGUGGUUGGAUGUGUUAAAGGUGCUGUUUAUAUAUUUUCACCACAAACUCUUGAACAUAUUAUGUCGAUUCCUUUACCACAUUAUUUGGGUGUUGAUAUUGCAUUUAUUACAUCGAUUGAUCAAAUGACAUAUCCUCAACAACAAAAUAUGUCUUUUCCUGAUACAGUUGCUAUUUGUUUAGAUGAAGAUAAAUCUAUGCUAACAUGUUUUUACAAUGAUCAUAGUUUUUAUAUAUGGGAUAUUAAAAAUGAACGAUCAAUAAAAAAACGUGAUUCUCAUUUGUAUCACUCAGGUUGUGGUUGGGGAAUUGAAACUUAUUCACGAAAGAAUGCAUCAUCUUCAAUUCUUCAGCAUUUAUCGUGUAUAACAUGCUCAUCUGAUAAUUCUAUACGUUUUUGGUCAUUAAAUCAUAAUGCAAACGAUUCAUAUUUUACUUCAUCAUCAUCAUCUUCAAAUAUAUUUAGUAGACAAUUAAUGAAAAUCAUUUAUUUAGAUGAUGAUUAUUCAAAAUUAUGUGAUAGUCAAGCCACACAAGAACGACCUGAAUUUGUACCGAAAAUUGGUGGUCGUUGUAUGAAAAUAAAUCCCGAUGGUUUAUCAUUAGCCAUAGGUGAUAGAAAUGGAAAUAUUCGUAUAUUUAAUAUGGAAAUAUUUCAACAAAUUGCACUCAUUGAAGCACAUGAUUGUGAAGUACUUAGUGUUGAUUACAGUUAUUCAUCUGAUUUGGGUGUAACAUUUUUGGCAUCAAGUAGUCGUGAUCGUUUUGUUCAUAUAUUUGAUGUAACAAAAGAUUAUCAACUUGUAGCAACAUUAGAUGAUCAUUCAGCAGCUAUAACAGCUGUUCGUUUUACAUUUUCAUCAAUAACUUCGAAUUUACAAUUAAUUUCAUGUAGUGCCGAUAAAUCAUUGAUAUUUCGUUCAGUUACAAAAAAUGAAAAUGGAAAAUAUCAAUUUAUACGUUCAAAUAAUAUUGUUGAAAAACAAACAUUUUAUGAUUUAGCUAUUGAUCAUACACGUGAACUUGUUAGUACAGCUUGUCAAGAUCGAAUGAUAAGAGUUUAUAAUUUACAAGAUGGUAAACGAGUACGAACAUGUAAAGGAUCUAUUGGUGAUGAUACUGGUUAUUUAAUUAAAAUUGAUAUUGAUACAUCAGGACGAUACUUAGCAACAUCAUGUUCAAAUAAAUGUGUUUAUAUAUGGGAUACAAUAACAACAGAAUGUGUUGCAUCUCUAUGUGGACAUAGUGAAAUUGUUACUGAUGUAAAAUUUAGUCAAGAUGGACAUUAUUUAUACACGAUAUCGGGUGAUAGCUGUAUUUUUGUUUGGAAUAUUACUGAAUUAGCAAUUGUACCAACAACAUGUCGAAUUCAACCAUUAUCAUCAACAAAAUCAACUGAUCUUGAAAUCACUGAAGUCGAUGAACCAAUAUCACAAACAUCAAGUAUUAAUGAUGAACAUCAACAAAAUUUAAAACGUCAACGAAGUUUAUGGGCAACAAUUGAACCACGUUUGCCAUCGUUUGAAUCAAAAUUUGUUCGAACACAAUUAUCUGAUAUUGUUAAUGAAGAUUCAUGUAAUAAAAUGGUUCAUUCAACAAGCUCACAAGAUGAUACAUCAACUUGUCUUGAUGAAGGUUUACUUAUUUUUUUCUUAUUAAACCCAAAACAAAACUUUUAUUCAUUAUAUUUCAUAGAUGAUGAUCCAACAUUUUCAACAAUAACAAAUAGUACAAAUGGAAAAAUGAAUUCAUUUUUUACCGAAAAUUAUGAUCAUGAAAAUGUCACAACUAAUACAAUUAUUGAUAAUGAAAAUAUUUCAUCACAUGAAAUCAAACAACGAAAAAGUGUUUCAGCUCGUUUUCGUUCAGUUUCAAAAGAUACAAUAAUGACUGAUACAUUAUUAACAUCAGUUAAUACAAAUCAAGAAAAUGUGUCUCUAUCUUCAUGUACAACAUCUCAUCGUCAAAGUAAAUGUAUUCAAUCACGAACAAUGAUUACAACAACAACAACAACAAAUGAAUCAAAAAUAACAUCAUCAAAACCAUCAAUAACUCGAAAAAUUCGUGUUAAUCGAACACGAUCUGAAGAUCGUUUUCGUGGUUCAUCUCUUUCUCUUGUUAAUACUAUGAUAGAUACAACAUCAUCAUCAUCAUCAUCUUCUAAUUGUCAAUUACCAUCAUAUGCUGCUCAUACAUCAAGUUCAAUAAAUAAACUUCGUGAAAAUACAACAUCAGUAACUUCACCUCCGCCUGUAGUUCCUCUUCUUUCAUCAACAUUAAAUUCUUCAAUAACUAUAUCUUCUUCUCAAACACGUCGGAUUCCAUCGGUUGUUUCUCUUGAUACUCGUUUACCAUCAACUAAAAAUAUAUCAAAAUCUCGUUCAACACAAAAUCUAAUUCUUCCAACAACAAUCAUGUCGAAUUCUACUACUCAAAAAUCUAAAUUAUUAGCAUUACGUCGAGUAAAAAUUCCUCGUGUUCCUCGACGACCACCUAAUUUACCAACAACAACAACAACAAUGACAGCAAAUAUUCAAUCAUCAUCAUCAUCAUCAUCGUCGAACAAUUCAUCUCCAACAAAACCAAAACAACAUCUUCCAUCUUGUUUACAAGAUUCUAUUUUACCAUUACGUGAAUUAGAUAAUUCAACAAAUGAUCUUAUGCCAAAAUGGGCACAAGAUUGUUUCUAUCGAACAGUUGUACUUGGUUUAAAACCAUUACUUUUACAUGAUAUUCCAUCAUCACCACUAAAACAUUCAACUAGUACAUCAUCUAUUGAAAGUUCCGAUUCAUUAGAAACAACAAGUGAAUUAUCAAAUAAUCAAAAACAAAUUAAAGUACGACGAAGUAUAUCAAUAGCAGAUUAUAAACAAAUUGAAACAAAAACAAACAAAGAAAAUAAUUCUAUUCCAAAUGAUCAUCGUAUGACAAUAAUAAAUCAUCUUGCUAAUGAUUUACAUAAGCAUCUUAAUGAAUUAGAAAAUUUUUAUACAACAGUUUCUCAAAGUUCAGACAAACAUGAUUUAAAUAUAAAACAAUAUAUUGAACAAAUAUUUACUGAUCUUCAUAUACGUAUUACAAAUAAUUAUCAACAAAAAAAUCAAUCUACAACUGUUGUUAAUAAUUGA